AGGAAUUGUGGAAAGGAGACUAGACAGCAAACUGGAGCAGCCGCGGAAGAUCAGGAGUGGCUGCUGACAAGGCAACAAGCAGGAACCAUGAGCGGAGUGAGCUGGCUGUGCAGCUCCAAGGAGGAUCAAUUUGCAGAGCUGUGGGAUUGGAACCAGACAUGGCAUACAGCUACGCCAAGCUUUACUUCGUGUUUUGAGAGCACCGUGCUGAUUUGGAUUCCAUGUGUCUACCUUUGGGUCUCUUUCCCUGUCUAUUACCUCUAUCUUAGGAAAAACUGCAGAGGUUACAUCAGGAUGUCAGCUAUCUUCAAAGCAAAAAUGGUUCUUGGCUUUUCCUUGCUCUUGCUGUGUCUCUCAGCUGCCUUCUACAUCCUUUGGGAAGCAACCCGGGGGAUUCCUCGUGCACCGGGAUUUAUCAUUGCUCCUCCUUUGCAAGUGGUCACAAUGGUCCUGGUGAUAUUUCUAACCCAGAUGGAACGACUGAAAGGUGUGCAGUCUUCGGGCGUUUUGCUGGUGUAUUGGUUACUCUUCUUCCUCUCUUCUGUCGUUCCCUUUAGCUCCAAAAUACAACAUGCCGCGGGAUUCAGAGAAGAACCUGUCCAUCGUGUUAUCUCAUACGUUCGUUUCACCUUGGUCGUAUCAGAACUGAUCCUCUGCUGCUUUGUAGAUCACCCUCCUUUCUUCUCCAAAGUUGGCAAUGAUGCCAACCCGUGUCCUGAAGCUGGGGCCUCUUUUGCUUCCAAAAUCACAUUUUGGUGGUUUGCUGGGUUGCUCUGGAAGGGAUAUCGGCAGCCAUUACAAGCAGAAGACCUGUGGUCACUUGCGAGAGAAAAUUCCUCUGAAGAUAUUGUUACCAAGAUUGAAGAUGCAUGGAAUGAGCGUUGUGCAAGAGCCAAGCAAAUCGCAGACUCCGCGAAAUUUAAAAGAGAGCGUGCAAGUAGUGAAAACGCUGAGGAAACCACCGUCCUGCUUCAGCCUGAACAUAGCAAAAGCAAGCCGCUCCUGAAAGCUUUCUGGAACGUGUUUGGGACCUAUUUUCUUUUCGGGACUCUUGGCUUAGUCCUCGGUGACGUCUUCUUGUUUUUGAUCCCAAAGACACUGAGUCUCUUCCUAGAUUUCAUCACUGAUCCAGAGGCUCCUUAUUGGAAAGGUUAUUUCUAUGCUACGCUGAUGUUCCUCUUAGCCUGUCUUGAGACACUGUUGGAGCAGCAAUACAUGUAUAUGUGCCUUGUGCUGGGAGUGAGGCUGAAGACUGCUGUUACAGGCCUUGUUUAUCGGAAGAUCUUAGCCAUGUCAGAUGCAGCUAAGAAGGCGACGACGGAGGGGGAAAUUGUAAACUUGGUCUCUGUUGACGUGCAGAAGCUAACAGAUCUCAUUACGUAUUUUAAUGGGACUUGGCUCGCCCCCAUCCGGAUUAUCAUCUGCUUCGUCUUCCUUUGGCAGCUCCUCGGGCCAUACGCUUUGACGGCCAUUGCUGUGUUUUUAUUCCUCUUGCCGCUGAACUUUGCAAUCAGCAAAAAGAGAAGCCAGUUCCAGGAGGCUCAGAUGAAAUAUAAGGACAGCCGUGCGAAGCUCACCGGCGCCAUUCUCAGAGACAUCAGGAUCCUAAAACUGCAUGGUUGGGAAGACAACUUCAUGGUCAAGGCGCUGGGUGUCCGGACUCAAGAACUUCAAGCGCUUAAGGCAUCACAGUUCCUCUUCUCUGUGUCUCUUGUUUCUUUCCACUCAUCAACAUUCCUGAUUGCAUUCAUCAUGUUCGCAGUCUACACGCUGGCAGAUGAGGGAAACAUCCUGGAUGUGCAGAAAGCCUUUGUGUCUCUGACCCUGAUCAACAUUCUCAACAGGGCUCAUUCUUUUCUCCCCUUCUCCAUCAAUGCUGUUGUGCAGGCAAAAGUUUCCAUGAACCGUUUAGCUGCCUUUCUUUGCCUUGAGGAGUUGGAUCAAACGGAAACGGACUCUGGUUCUUUGGACUGCAUGCAGGAUUGUGUUAUGGUAAGGGAAGGGACCUUCAGCUGGUGCAGAGAGAGCCCUCCCUGCCUUAAAAGGAUUAAUCUAGCGAUACCUCAGGGCAGUCUGUGUGCUGUGGUUGGCCAGGUCGGAGCAGGAAAAUCCUCACUACUCUCAGCAUUGCUUGGAGAGCUGCACAAAACAGAAGGCACUCUGGCUAUGAAGGGCACAGUAGCGUUUGUUCCCCAGAAACCCUGGAUACAAAAUAUGUCAGUGGAAGACAAUAUCACGUUCGGACAGAAGAUGGAUAGGAGGUGGUACAACAGAGUGGUCGAAGCCUGUGCGCUGGAGCCAGACCUGGAGAGCUUCCCUGCUGGAAGUCAGUCAGAAAUCGGAGAGAAGGGCAUAAACAUUUCUGGAGGACAGAAGCAGAGGCUCAGUCUGGCUCGGGCUGUUUACAAGAAGGCUUCAAUUUACCUUCUGGACGACCUCCUUUCUGCUGUGGAUUCUCAGGUUGGCCAGCACAUUUUUGAGCAGGUCAUUGGACCAAACGGCUUAUUAAAAAACAAGACUCGUGUUCUAGUGACCAACACAAUCCAUAUUUUGCCCAAAGUGGAUAACAUCAUUGUUGUAAUGAACGGAACGAUCUCUGAAAAAGGUUCUUACCAUGAACUUGUGCAGAGACAAUGGGCUUUUGCAGACUUCUUGAGGUCACACGACACAGAUGAGAAAGAGGACCAGGAUUUACAAGGUACAGGAAGUGUUGAAAUGGUCACCAAAGGACACAUGACCUGCCACGGAAAACUUGGAGGGUCUUACAAGUCUUUGGAAAAGAGAGGUUGCAAGGCAACAGAUGGAGCAGAAUUCACGACAGAAGGCGAGAAACAGCAAACUGGGAGGGCAAAGACUUCAGUCUACCUGACCUACCUGAGAGUGGCGGGGUCUUUCCUCUGGGCUUACAUUCUGCUUUUGUUUAUCUGCCAACAAGCUGCAUCCUUUUGCCAAGGUUACUGGCUCAGCCUGUGGGCCAACGACCCCAUUUACAAUGGAACGCAGCAGCAUACCGAGCUCCGAAUCAGCGUUUACUUUUUCCUUGGAUUCGCCCAAGCCAUUGGGAAGUUUGGAUCGAUAGCCUCCGUCUUCUUGGCCGGGACUGUGGCCUCCCACGAGCUCUUCCGCAGGCUCCUACACGAUGUCCUCCGGUUGCCGAUGUCGUUCUUUGAACGGACGCCUAGCGGCGACCUGCUCAACCGCUUCUCCAAAGAAAUGGACGCCAUUGAUUCCAUCAUCCCAGACAAGCUGAAGUCCUUGCUGGGUUUCUUGUUCAUUCUGCUAGAGAUCUACGUGGUUAUCGUCAUGGCCACUCCGAUAGCCGUGGUGGCUAUAGUCCCCCUGACAGCCUUGUAUGCUGUGUUCCAGAGCUUCUUCGUCACCACCUCCUGCCAGCUGAAACGCCUGGAGGCUGCCAGCCGCUCGCCCAUCUAUUCCCACAUUUCGGAGACCUUCCAAGGGAGCGUUGUCAUCCGUGCAUACAAGGAAAAGCGGCGUUUUAUUCUGGGGAAUGACCUUAAGGUGGAUGAAAACCACAGGGCGUCUUUCCCGGGCGUGGUGGCUGACAGGUGGCUUGCCACGAACACAGAAUUCCUGGGGAACGGCAUCGUCCUGUUUGCAGCUUUACUCGCUGUGGUAAACAAAUCACACCUCAGUCCAGGGAUCGUGGGCUUUUCUGUUUCCUGUGCUCUGCAGAUUACCGGUGUUUUGAACUGGAUGGUGCGCUCCUUAGCCGAAAUGGAUAACAACAUUGUGUCUGUAGAGAGAGUGACUGAUUACUCAACGAUGCCCAAAGAGGCUCCCUGGACUUUGGGCAAUCACCUCCUGCACGAGAACUGGCCCACUGAAGGGAAGAUUGAAUUCAAAGGCUACAGCUUGCGAUACAGGCCAGGCUUAGAAUUAGCUCUGGAGAACAUCAACCUCAAGAUCAACGGACGAGAAAAGGUUGGCAUAGCUGGAAGAACAGGGGCCGGGAAGUCUUCCCUAGCCAUGGGACUUCUGAGGCUAGUCGAAGCUGCUGCGGGAGAGAUUGUGAUUGACGGGACCAAUAUUGCCCUUUUGGGCCUGCACGACCUGAGAAGCAAGGUUGCCAUUAUCCCACAGGACCCAGUUUUGUUUUCGGGCUCUCUAAAAAUGAACCUCGAUCCUUUGGGCGUGUGCUCUGAGGAGGAGAUCUGGACUGCUCUCGAACUGACGCUGCUCAAGAGCUUCGUUUUGGAUCUGCCUGGUCAGUUGGCUUACGAGUGCUCAGAAGGAGGCGAAAAUCUGAGUGUCGGCCAGCGGCAGCUCAUCUGCCUGGCACGAGCUCUGCUUCGGAAAGCCAAGAUCCUGGUUCUGGAUGAGGCCACUGCAGCUGUGGAUCUUGAAACAGAUUUGCAGAUUCAGGCCACCAUAAGGACUCAGUUCAGUGAGUGCACAGUUCUGACCAUAGCCCACCGAGUGAACACCCUUUUGGACUGUGACAGGGUUUUAGUGAUGGAAAGUGGCCGAGUGGCAGAAUUUGAUGCCCCAGAGACAUUAAUAGCCCAGAAGGGACUGUUCUACAGAAUGGCUGAAGAAUCAGGGCUGGUAUGAUGAGUGAGCCUCAAGGAAUAGACUGUGGGUACAGGAUUUGGGAGUCCGAAGGAAGACAUCUGCCUCUUAACCUUUUGUCAUUCAUAUAUAAGUCCCAGUCCUUCUGGUGUCCAAAUACACACACAAGAGGUGUAUCAAACAUCUCAAGGGAACUCAGAAAUUUAUGUAAGUACACUAGGGAUAUAUGAAGGUUUCGUUUUCUAUUCCGCCCUGUAUUCGUUGCAUUCAGCACUGUUUCCAUUCUGCUGCAGGUCACCUUCCAGCAAAAGAUCUACAUUAUUCUUAAUUUUUAAUUAUUAUUUUUAAUUAUAUGAUGAAAUACAGUUCCAAUGAUUGCACUUGGUUGAGCAUAGACUAAAAACUCCACAGAGAUAAUGGAACUGCUCUCCACCGUCUUAAAAUGGACACAGAAACUUAAGAUAUGAAAAAUUAAGGACCGCAUGGAGGCAGAAGGAAGUCAUUAAAUAAAUCCUGGGAACAAAACCAGAGAUUAGGCAUAGAUAAGAAAGUGAGAGUCACAAGGAGAAAAAGAUAAGGCAAUGCGAAAAGAAUCUCAUACUGGAAAUAUGUGUUAAUAAUGAUGUCAAUGACGGUUUGUAUUCCUUAAAUCACUGUAUGUAUUUCACAAUAUUUUUUGUUGAAUUUUCUUUUUAUUCUUUCUUUCUUUUU